AUGGGAGGAAAAUCGUCCAAGGGGACAGUCCAACCUGUCAGCAUUGUACAGGCCCCUCAAGCAGGACAAGAAAAUAUCUUUAAGACUGAUGUACCAGAUUUUAUCAACAGUUACCCACCACCUAAACCUCCACCCAACAAAAAAGCCGACAUAUUACUAAAUUUGGAUUUGAAAUCAGCAGACCAGCAUGCCAGAUCGGUCAGUCCCGACUCUGCGAAAACGAUGCCGGACUUGGUGACCAAGUUGGUUCAGCCUUUCAACAAAAAUGGUGUGUUGAAGGUCAGAGCAAUUUUUAUGUGGAUUGCAACCCACAGAAAUCAGAACUUGAUCCCUAAAAAUGUGACGCCAGAUUCUCCCCUUGGACACCUUCAGCUCAUGUCUGUCAACCAGUUAACACUUUCGGAAAUGUUUACCAUCAUGUGUCGGGCAGCGAAGAUUCCGUGCGUGAUCAUCCGAGGCAUGGCAAAAUCUGCGGCGUAUGAAGUUGGGGAUGAGGACGUAGAAGGACUGCGGAAUAGCUGGAACGCUGUAUACGUGGCAAAGGGUUGGCGACUUGUGUUCCCUCUGUGGGCCAUGUCAGCUUUGGUGGGCAAGAGCACAGGGGCCUGGACACUGGUGGAGACAAAAGGUCAGGGUGUCCGUCAGAAGGAGGAGCAGUCCGAGGGCGUUAACAUAGCAACUGUGAAUGAUUACUAUUUCUUGACAAACCCUGACGAAUUCAUCUAUCGUUGUUUCCCGGACGAUGAAAACUGGCAGCUGAUACAGAUGCCCAUGUCUAAGAGGAAGUAUAUUGACUGUCCGUACUUCCGGCCUACCUUCUUCACUCGUAAACUCCAAGUGAUCAAUAAAACGAAGGGUAUUGUUCAGACCCGUGAGGGCAAGUGCAGUAUUACAUUAAGGCCUUUGAAUGAUGCAGAUCCGGUCUCACUCUCUUACGAACUCUUCUUCAAUCAUAAAGAAUCUGACGAGGAGAUACCUGCAGACAUACAACUAGACAAAUAUGUAGCUAUUAUGAAUGAUAAAGAGAAAACAAUGUUCGAUAUGAGAUUUCCCGUGAAAGGUAUUUAUAAAUUAACGGUGCUAGAUUCUGAUCAGGAAUGGAUCUGUUUCUUUAAAAUUGUGUGUAAUAAAGCAAGACUUCGUUGUGAACCGUUCCCGAUAAAUACGGAGAUAGGGUUUGGUCCUACAAAAGAGACAAUCGAGGCGGGACUAGAGCCUGAGACACACACCAAGGGAGUCGUUGGCAUACGUGGUAGACAGUCUAUAGAGAUGAGAUUUACCCUCACAAAACGCGUGGAAGUUAAAACAUCCCUAGUGCAUAAUAACAUACCCAGUGAAGAACUUGAGGAACAUAUCAUCCAGAAACAGACAAAUAGUGCACUCACGUUACAUGUCAGUGUUCCAAAGAAUGGGGAGUAUGCCCUGCAGGUGAAUGCCAAGGACAAGGGCACAAACGAGCCGAGUAGAAACAUUUGUAAUUACCUACUAUCAUCAGAGGGCCCCAACAAGAAACAGCGCGAAUACGAGAACCCAUUAGAGAAGAAGGCACGCGACAAUCUCCAAGCCUUACUGUCGUCUACAGACGUACUCGCAUUACAGAGGACGCUUGACAAUUUCAAUGCUUUAGAUGUGGAGGACACCACUGGGGUAGUACAACAGGCCCAGUACAGAAUAGAGUUUUUACAGCUACAACAAGCACUGAAAACCGCCAUUCUGAGAGAAAAUAUCGAGUUACUGGAAGCUGCUAUAGAUAAGGCGAGUUCAUCAGGUCACAGAAAUGCCCUCCAGGUCAAGAUAGCCGAGGCAACUGAAAUUCUCGAGAAACUUCGUAAACUCAAGAGGUACACACACGAUGUGUUGGCGAUGAAACAGUCGACGAUAUCAGAGAUUCACCGUUAUCAGGUACCAAAAGAUAUCAUCUUCGACGUGAUGAAGGCGACCUUUCUGAUGCUAGGAGAGAAAGGAGAAAAUUUAGAGUACUGGGAUUAUCUGCAGUCCAUGAUGAGGCGAGCCGGAAGAGACAGCCUCCUAGCCCGAAUAAGGAAGAUGAAUUAUGACAAUAUCGACGAGAAGACGAUAAAGAGAGCGAUGAAUCUUAUUACUCCGUACGAUAUGGAGGCGGUGACGACGGCCAGUGCUGGUGCUGGCACCUUCUACAAAUGGAUAACUAAUCUGUCAUCAGCCGGAGUAGGAGAGAGUUCCGAAAAAGGUUCCACCGAGAAGCUAACACAACAAAGUCCUCGUUAUGGAGGAGAGGAUCAGAUCUCGAUAGGUCAGAUGGGCAUGCAGGCGUCAGUCCCGAGUAUUGUUAUAGAAGAUACGGACGGCUACUGA